AUGGCAGUAGUUGUUCUGGCCCGUGAGGAAGCUGCUGGGGAUCCAGUUGGCAACCUGAAGAAGAGCUGGCACCCCCAGACCCUGCGCAAUGUGGAGAAGGUGUGGAAGGCCGAACAGAAGCAUGAGGCUGAGCGGAAGAAGAUCGAGGAGCUGCAGCGGGAGCUGCAGGAGGAGCGAGCGCGUGAGGAGAUGCAGCGAUACGCUGAGGACAUGGGUACCGUCAGGAAAAGAGAAGAGAAAUUGGAGUGGAUGUACCAGGGUCCUGGAGGCAUGGUGAACAGAGAGGAAUAUCUUAUGGGUCGCCCUGUGGACAAAUACGUCUUUGAGAAGACAGAAGACAAGGAUGCAGGCUGUUCCAAUGAGACAGGACUUCUCCCAGGCUCCAUUUUUGCCAAGACGGGUGCCAAUUCUGUCCUAGAUAUGGCAAACAAAAUCCGGGAGGAUCCACUUUUCAUGAUAAGAAAGAGGGAGGAGGAAAAGAAGAGAGAAGUUCUGAAUAAUCCUGUUAAAAUGAAGAAAAUCAAAGAGUUGCUGCAAAACAGUUUAGAUAAAAAAGAGAAAAAGAAGAAGAAAGAGAAGAAGAAGAAGCACAAGAAACAUCGACAUCGCAGUUCUAGCAGUGAAAGUGACAGCAGUGAUGAGGAGCGAGGCAAAAAUAAGUCUCAGAAGAGGAUGAACAGUUCCUCCUGGAAACCUGCUCCUUCCAAAGUCCCAGGAUAUGGCUUACAAGUUAGAGACUCUGACCAGAGCCACAGGUCUCGGAGCUCUCCAGCUGCCAGUCAGGAGAGGGCCCACAAGCACCGGGAUCGCUCCAGGUCCAGGAGCCCGUCCCGCUCUCCUCAGAGACGCUCUAGCAAGAAGAAUUCAGAACAAUCUGGAUGCAGGGGGUCAAGAUCUCCUUCUAGACACAGUAAACAACAUAGCAAUCGGGAGGAGAAAGGGAGAGCUAGAAGCCCUUCCCCUAAAAAGAGCUAUCGACGACAGCAUACUGCGGGUUACACAAGGAAGAUCUCUCCAGAGGAACUAGAGCGUAAACGCCAGGAGAUGAUGGAAAAUGCCAAGUGGCGGGAAGAGGAGAGAGCAAACAACCUCAGGAAACACCGAAAGGAGGAGGAGCUGGAGCGAGAACUGGAGAAACUCGACUCCCGAGAUGGGAAGUUCUUCAAUCGCUUAAAACUAGAGAGCGCAUCUACUUCCACCCUGGAAGAUCGGGUGAAACGCAAUAUCCACUCCCUUCAGAGGACUCCCGCUGCCUUGGAAAAAAACUUUAUGCAGAGAUGAAACUUGUUCUUCCUCUGCUCCUGUGCAGAAGCUAAACGGACACUCAUUCCCGAAGGUGAGAGACCUCCAGCACAGACUCACUGCUCCCUACAGGAACAGUUACCGUCUCCCAAAGAGGCGCUGGGUUGCCGUGCUGCAGCCCGCGGCGUCUUCUGGACUGCUGGCGUCGUGAAGACGUUUGUAAUGAGUAUGACCUUGCAAGCCAACCUUUGCUGGAGAACUCGUGAGCCUUUGUAUUCUGUUUUUAACGUACUGCCAGAUCUUUUUCCUUCUCUCCCCACCUUGACUGGUAUCAUUUUUGUAUAUCGUUAUUACCAGAUUAUGCCAGGUGGUAACUGCUUUCUACAUUGG